UCCACGCAUUGGCUCGGAAGUGCGGUUUCUUGUUCGCAGAAUCAAAAUUAUAAAAAAAAAACUUUGUAUUAUUUCUGAAAAAGAAUAAUAUACUUAAACAGUUGCGGUUAAAAAAAGCAAAAAUAAAUAUUUAACGGAUAUUCAAACUACUACAAUGCGACGCGUCGUUGUUUGGCUAUUAUUAGCCACAGGCUCCGCUCUUUUAGAGCAUACUGGAGCUGGUAAUAUUGGUGCCAAGCAGAUAAUGAACUCCGGAACCCAAAUCGCCGGCAGCAAUAAUGCUGUUACUAGCCUCUUGAAUGUGGGGGAGUGGAGCAGCUGGUGCAGGCAGGAAUAACAUUGGCUCCGGCCAAGUUAUGAACCCCGGCGCCCUCAUCAAAGGCAGCGGUAAUACAGUCAGCAGUUUAUUGAAUGUGAAUCCUCAAGUGAAUGCGGACGUCAACGCUUUGAAUUCCGUUAAGCAACAAGCUAAUGCUGAGGCCGGAGGUGUUGCUUCGACCGGUAAUAAUAUUGGAGGUAGACAGAUACAAUCAGCAGGCGCGGGUAUUGUUGGUGAUGGCAACACAGUUUCGAGUCUCGCUAAUGUCAAUCCACAAGUUAAUGCUGGUGUAAAUCUCUUGAACGCUGUUACACAGACUGCAUCUGGAGCAGCUGGCGGUGGUGUUAGCGGUGGAUUACUAGGCGGAGUAGGAGGUGCUGGCAAUAAUAUCGGCGGCAAGCAAGUCAUGGAUCAAGGCACCAGUAUACUGGGUAGUGGUAAUCAAGUCUUCAGUCUGCUAAAUUUAAAUCCUCAAGUGAACGCCGAUGUGAAUGCUUUGAAUACGGUGAAACAAGAAGCCGUUGGUGGUGGUGCUGGAUCUGUCGGGACUGGGCAACAAACUGUGACCCAUAUUGUUAGCGCUCCCGGAAAUACAGUAACGAAUACCGGCCAGCUCAAUCCACAAGUGAACGCAUGCGUAAGCUUCAUUAAUGCGAUCUCACAAUCCUCUCAUACCGUUCCAGUUAGUGGAAAGAUUGUUGGUCAUGCAGUUGGGGCUCCUAACAGUAUUGGAGGUCAGCAAGUCACAACAACAGGAGCUCGCAUAGUCGGCGAUGGCAACACUGUUUCGAGUCUCGCGAAUGUCAAUCCGCAAGUAAAUGCUGGUGUAAAUCUGCUAAGCACAGUUACGCAAACCGUUUCUGGAGCCACGGGGCGAACUGGUGGUGGACCUUUAGGAGGUGUUCUUGGUGGAGUCGGCGGUGCUACGAACAACAUUGGUGGCAAGCAAAUUAUGGACACCGGUACCAGUAUUGUAGGUAGUGGUAACACGGGUAUAAGCCGUCCUGUUGGUGGAGGUGCUGGGAAUAAUAUUGGUGGCAGCCAAUUCCAAUCCACAGGAGCGCGUAUUGUCGGCGAUGGCAAUACUGUGUCGAGUCUCGCGAAUGUCAAUCCGCAAGUAAAUGCUGGUGUAAACCUACUAAACACAGUUACACAAACGGCUUCAGGAGCCACAGGCGGAGCAGGUGGUGGACUUUUAGGAGGUGUUCUUGGUGGAGUCGGCGGUGCUACGAACAAUAUUGGUGGCAGGCAAGUCAUGGAUACAGGCAGUACCAUACAAGGAAGUAACAACAAGAUUUUCAGUCUUUUGAAUCUCAAUCCUCAAGUGAACGCGGACGUUAAUGCGCUAAACGCUGUUACUCAAAAAGCAACUGGUAUGGGCAGUGUUACUGGUGCUGCUGGUGGAGUUAGUCAUGCUACAGGAACAGGUGGUUCAAAAGUAACGGGACUAAGUCGUGCUGGAAACAAUAUCGGAGGCAGUCAAGCUCAGUCCACUGGAUCUCGCAUUGUCGGCGAUGGUAAUACUGUCUCGAGUCUCGCGAAUGUCAAUCCGCAAGUGAAUGCAGGUGUAAAUUUGCUCAAUAGCGUGACUCAGACAGUCUCAGGUGCCGCGGGCAGUAGAGGUGCUGGUAAAAGCGGGGGACUUUUAGGUGGCGUACUAGGUGGUGUUGGAGGUGCCACAAAUAAUAUUGGAGGGAAGCAAAUAAUGGACACUGGAACCAGCAUAAUUGGCAGUGGAAAUACCGUUAGCAGCUUACUGAAUGUUAAUCCUCAAGUUAAUGCGGAUGUAAAUGCGUUGAACACUGUAAAUCAAGAAGCAAUUGGUGUAUCUGAAGGAACCGUUCGUGGUAGUGCGGCCGGACGAAGCGGAAACAAUAUCGGAGGCAGCCAAGCUCGUGGAGGAGGUGGUGCUAAUAGCGGUGGACUCUUAGGUGGUGGCCUUGGUGGAGUCGGCGGUGCUACAAACAAUAUUGGUGGCAGGCAAGUCAUGGAUACGGGCAGUACAAUACAAGGAAGUAACAACCAAGUGUUUAGUCUCUUAAACCUCAAUCCUCAAGUGAACGCAGAUGUUAAUGCGCUAAACUCUGUUAGACAGAAAGCGACUGGUCUGGGAGCUGUUACUGGAGCUACGGGCGGAGUCAGUGGUGCUACUGGAACAGGGAGCGCAAAAGCAACUGGAUUAGGUAGUGUUGGGAACAAUAUUGGAGGCAAACAAGUUCAAUCAACUGGAGCGCGCAUUGUAGGCGAUGGCAAUACGGUUUCGAGUCUCGCCAAUGUCAAUCCACAAGUUAAUGCUGGCGUAAAUCUUCUUAAUACUGUUACACAAACCGUUUCUGGUGCCACAGGCAGUGGAGGUGCGGGCAAAAGUGGUGGUCUAUUGGGUGGUGCACUUGGUGGGCUCGGUGGUGGAGCAAAUAAUAUUGGUGGCAGGCAAGCCAUGGAUACAGGGACUCGCAUUGUUGGCGAUGGCAAUACGGUUUCGAGUCUCGCGAAUGUGAAUCCACAAGUGAACGCUGAUGUGAAUUUAUUAAACUCGGUUACACAAACAGUUACUGGUGCAAGCGGUGGUGGCGGUUCAGGUGGUGGCUUAUUAGGAGGCUUACUCGGCGGCUUGGGCGGUGCGACCCGCAAUAUCGGUGGCAAGCAAGUCAUGGAUACUGGGACCAAUAUAAUUGGCAGUGGGAAUACCGUUAGCAGCUUACUGAAUGUUAAUCCACAAGUGAAUGCCGAUGUUAAUGCCUUGAAUAUGGUGAAUCAGCAAUCCAGUGGCAUACAAGGCGGCAUUGAUGGUGAUACCAGUUCAGCAGGUGGUGUGCAACGUGCAGUAGCAGGCAGACCAGUGCUACCAGGAAGCGCUUUAGUCGCUGGCAAUAAUAUUGGUGGCAGUCAAACACAAAAUAGCGGAACCGUGAUUCAGGGGUCAGAUAAUGAGGUGUUUACCUUGGCCGAUGUGGCACCACAACUUGAUCUCAACAUUGACUUACUCAAUGCAGUUACGCAAACCGGUUCUGGAGGUGGAGGCGGCGGCGGAUUACUUGGCGGCUUACUGGGUGGAGGCGGCAGUGGCAGUAAUAUCGGCGGUAGACAGCAAAUCAAUGAUGCUACCGUUAUUCGUGGUGACAACAAUAAGGUAAGCACUUUGGCCAAAGUUAAGCCACAAGUGGGUGUGAAUUUGCAAGUGCUCAAUCAAGUCAAGCAGCUUACCGGUCUUGUAGGCGACAUUUUGCAAGAUCCAUCUAGUGUGACGAAUAUAUUGUUGCCCGGUUCGGAUGGUGAAACGGACUGUGGUGAGAACAAUAUCGGCAAUGUGCAGGAGCGCAUAUCCGGUGCUGAUAUUGUUGGCAACAAUAAUGAAGUCUUCACCGGGGUUGAUGUAAGUCCACAAAUUAAUGCCGAUCUGAAUAUCUUGAAUAGUGUAAGGCAAAGAGUACAUUGCAAGCCAAGAAUUAAAGUACCUCCAACCCUUCCACCAACUUUGCCGCCUACUUUACCUCCAACUCUUCCACCAACUUUGCCGCCAACUUUGCCACCAAUUUUACCACCAACUUUGCCGCCAACUUUACCUCCAUUCCUUCCACCAACUUUACCUCCAUUCCUUCCACCAACUUUACCACCAACUCUCCCUCCGACUUUACCACCAACUUUACCACCAAUUAUACCUCCAACCCUUCCACCAACUUUGCCACCAACUCUACCUCCAUUCCUUCCACCAACUUUGCCACCAAAUUUACCACCAACUCUCCCUCCGACUUUACCUCCUACUCAACCACCGACCUUGCCACCAACAUUACCACCAUAUCCGCCAUUCCCGCCAUUUCCACCAUAUCCCAUAUAUCCAGUUUAUCCACCAUAUCCAGAAUAUCCAGAAUAUCCCACAUAUCCGCCUGCACAUUUGCCAUCCUAUGUGCCACAUGCCCCAAAAGUACCAACGCCAGUACCAACUCCAAUUGCACCACCCCAAUCAUCAUUGACUAAUUGCUUCGAAAUAACCGAUUUUGAUGCUGACGGCACGAAGGGAAAAAUACGAGUGGUUUGUGUGCCGAAGCCAGCAGUUUCACCGCAGUAUCCUUCACCCCAAAUAUUAGUUUUACCUCCCUCAGUACCACCUCCAGCGCCAAGAACACGAUGCUAUCGCCGGCGUUGCAACAAGUGGAGCACAUCAAAAGCUGAUAAGGAGUGUUGUAGUGAAAAUCCUCAUCAUCAUGCUGAACCGGUUCCUCCACAGCAAUCACAGCCAGCGGAUUACGUGAAAUCGGCGCAACCUGUGCAGAUAAGACUUGAUCACUUCUAUCCUUGAAAUAAUUUAUCCAUAUUGUAGACACUCUUUGAAAAUAAAUGAUGACUGA